GCUCUGCUGGGCUCUCAUACUUUGCUUUACAUGGGUCUACUUGUGAAUCUUCUUCACCUUCCUGCAUUUUCACCCAUUGCUUAUAAACCUCACAGUGUUGAAUAUCCCAAAGCAAAUGUAACAAUUAAAUGUAAGGCCUAUGGAGGAGAAUUGGAUGCUUUGCCUCACUUACAAACUCUUGGAAAAUUUCCAAGGGAGGAGCUUGUUGAAAAAGUUGUCCUGGUCAGAUUUGACCCUACCCUUUUGCUUCAGGAACAAGUACAAGAACAAAGAUUUCAAUGCAAUGCUGUUUUGACCAUUAAGUAUUUACACCAGUCCGGGGCUAAAGUAGUUCUUGUUAGUGACUGGAGUGCUAAAACUAAUCCUAAAGUGUUUGCUGCACAGUCUGUUGCAGGUUUCUUGUCAUCAAUUCUUGACUACAAAGUUGUUCCGGUACAAUGCAUUUCUCAUAACACGGUAUCAAAGACAGAAGGCUUUGAAAAAGCAGAUAUUCUUCUCCUUGAGAAUCUUUCUGAUUUUAGAGGGGAAGUUGCCAAUUGUUCAAAAUUUGCUCAAGUUUUGUCAUCGGGAGUUGAUAUCUUUGUUAAUGACUACUUUUCCCGGUCUCAUAAGAUUCUUGCAUCGACCUGUGGAGUUGCUCGUUUCUGUUAUGCUUGUUUAGCUGGUUUUCACUUUGAGGAGUGUCUAUAUCGCCUCAGAAGGCUUGCAGAAACCAGUACAAAACCUUAUGUAGCAAUUGUUGGAGGCGGUAAUAUUUCUAAUAAAGCUGCUGCUGUGCAUACCUUAGCUUCUCUAUGCGAUGGGUUAGUGUUUGUUGGAAUGAUGUCAUUCCAAAUAAUGCAUGCAUUAGGGCUAUCUGUUCCCAUGGAUUUGGUGGAACAUGGAGCACUUAAAGAAGCUUUGGAUAUAGUCCAGUUUGCACACAAUAGAAAUGUACAGAUCCUAUAUCCAAAAGACUUUUGGUGCAAGAACGAUCGUCAUCCGAAGCAAUUGGAAUUAUAUCCUGCACGUGCUAUUCCGGAUGGGUGGGUACCUGUUGAUAUUGGGCCUGUAUCGUUAGAUGGAAUAAACUCCAUUCUCACUAAAUGCAAGAAAGUUACCUGGAUUGGUCCAGUGAAAUUUCAUAAGAACAGCGGCAAAAAAGGAGCUUCUAAAGUGGCGCAAUUGCUUAAUCAACUAAGUCAAGGCAACAGCAACAUAACUGUCAUUGGCAAUAUGGCAUGUCAAGCAAUGGUGAAGGAAUCAAAUUCCAUCUUUCACUUCAAUAUGUUAGAGAAUGCUUCAGUUGUAUGGGAGUUUCUCAAAGGAAGAAAACUUCCAGGCAUCAUGGCUUUAGAUAGAGCAUUCCCUUUUGAUAUUGACUGGAAGGCAGCCUUUUCAGAUCCUGCUCAACCUUUGGUAGUUGAUAUUGGAAGUGGUAAUGGAAUGUUUCUUUUCGGGAUGGCUAAUACAAGGAAGGAUUUGAAUUUUCUUGGUUUGGAGAUUAAUAAAAAGCUGGUAAAACGUUGCCUGGAUUCCAGUCAUCAGUGUGGUAUAAGAAAUGGGUACUUCAUCGCAACAAAUGCAACAUCAACAUUCCGCUCCAUAGUUUCUAGUUACCCCGGAAAGCUAGUACUUGUGUCAAUACAGUGUCCAAAUCCUGAUUUCAACGAACCAGAACAUCGAUGGAGAAUGCUGCAAAGGUCAUUAGUCGAAGCAGUUGCUGAUCUCCUUACAGUUGAUGGAAAGGUGUUUCUGCAAUCUGAUAUAGAGGUUGUCUCUGUGAGAAUGAAGGAACAGUUUCUGAGAUAUGGCAAGGGCAAACUUACUAUUGUGCAUGAGCAAAGUUAUGCCAUAAAUUAUGAAGGGUGGCUCAAGGACAAUCCAUUCGGAGUUCGGUCAGAUUGGGAACAACAUGUCUUAGAUCGUGGGGCCCCUAUGUACAGAUUAAUGCUUUGCAAAUCAGCCUCUAGUGAAUGAAGUUGCUGCAGCAGCCAAUGGAUGAAGCUGGCUGCACCUUAUACCACUAGAACUAGAUGGAUAUAUCUUCUCAAGUCAAUGUGGUCCAGGAUCCUUUCUUGGUGGCAUCGAUUAGUUUCUCCAAGCAAUGUUGUCUUUUAAUGGUAAUGGAUGGUUCAAGAGCUUUCAAAGUAAGAGAAAUGAUGGUGGGAUGAAUGGAAGCUAUUGGUGAAGUAGAUGCUGUUUCAAUAGAACAAGGACUGAAUAUGUUUGAGAAUACUACCACAUGAUUAAAGUCGAACCCCCGUGUCUGUAUGGCAAAGGAAGCAGCUACAAGCUCCAUAGCUAUCUCAAGUUACUAUCUGUAUCGUUUGAUCAUUUUGAUUAUCAUUAUGAUUGUUGUAACUUGUCCAUAACAAUUUUGGAUGCGUAUAAUGUAAAUCCCUGGGUUUCAGAACAAUGUGAUUCUUUUUUCAUUAGUCCACUCCUUCAGUUCCUACUGUCAUGAAAUCCCUUUGAAAUUGAAUG